AUGCUAUCUUUGUCAACACUUCUUAUUCAAGAUGACCUUCCCAGUGCAAUGAAAUUAAAGUUUGCAUUAUAUUGGGUUCACUUGAAUGAGUCAUCAACAAUUUUAGGCCUUUUUGAUCCACGUAAUAAGCUUUCAACCUAUGAUGUAAAUGAACAUGAACACGCUAUUAGUAAACUUCAUGAGAUGUAUGAAAAUUAUAAACCAGUUGAAGAAAAUAACUUACUAGUACUACCUGCUACUAAAUCAACAUGUGAUCUUUUUCGCAAUCUUACAAAUUGCCGUCAAGUUAACAAGAAUCAGUGUGAAAUCACAACCUACUUGUCUGAAUCUGAGACUGAAGCUGAACCAUUGCUAUGA